CGAGUUGCGCGCGCGGGGCGGGUGGGGAAGAAGGCGGAAGCGGAAGUCGGGGGCGCGCCACCUCGGAGCUAGGGAGAGCCCGCUUCGUUGGGUCCGGGUCCCAAGUGGCCAUGGGGCGAGGCAGCGGCACCUUCGAGCGUCUCCUAGACAAAGCAACCAGCCAGCUUCUUCUGGAGACAGACUGGGAGUCCAUCCUGCAGAUCUGUGACCUGAUCCGCCAGGGGGACACACAAGCAAAAUAUGCUGUGAAUUCCAUCAAGAAGAAAGUCAAUGACAAGAACCCACAUGUGGCCUUGUAUGCCCUGGAGGUAAUGGAGUCUGUGGUGAAGAACUGUGGUCAGACAGUCCAUGACGAGGUGGCCAACAAACAGACCAUGGAGGAGCUGAAGGAUCUGCUGAAGAGACAAGUGGAAGUAAACGUCCGGAACAAAAUCCUGUACUUGAUCCAGGCCUGGGCACAUGCCUUCCGGAAUGAGCCCAAGUACAAGGUGGUCCAGGAUACCUACCAGAUCAUGAAGGUGGAGGGACAUGUCUUCCCAGAAUUCAAGGAAAGCGACGCCAUGUUUGCGGCUGAGAGAGCCCCGGACUGGGUGGAUGCCGAGGAAUGCCAUCGAUGCAGAGUGCAGUUUGGGGUGGUCACCCGCAAGCACCACUGCCGGGCAUGCGGGCAGAUCUUCUGUGGGAAGUGCUCCUCCCGGUACUCCACCAUCCCCAAGUUCGGCAUUGAGAAGGAGGUGCGUGUGUGUGAGCCCUGCUACGAGCAGCUGAACAAGAAAGCAGAAGGGAAGGCCGCCUCCACCAGUGAGCUGCCCCCGGAGUACCUGACCAGCCCCCUGUCUCAGCAGUCCCAGCUGCCCCCCAAGAGGGAUGAGACAGCUCUACAAGAGGAAGAGGAGCUGCAGCUGGCCCUGGCCCUGUCGCAGUCUGAAGCUGAGGAGAAGGAGAGGCUGAGACAGAAGUCAACAUACACUGUGUACCCCAAGGCAGACCCCACACCCACAGCCUCGUCAGCACCACCCGCCAGCAGCCUAUAUUCAUCCCCUGUGAACUCAUCUGCACCUCUGCCUGAGGACGUCGACCCUGAGCUCGCAAGGUACCUCAACCGCAACUACUGGGAGAAGAAGCAGGAGGAGGCCCGGAAGAGCCCCACACCAUCCGCACCCGUGCCUCUGGUGGAGCCAGGCACACAGCCCACGGAGGGGCACACAGCCCCUACCAGCCUGGUGGAGACGCCCCUCCCGGAGGCUGACUGUCAGCCCGGCGCUCCCCCUGGGGGUCCUUUCAGUGAGCAGCAGUACCAGAAUGGGGAGCCAGAGGAAAGUCAUGAUCAGUUCCUCAAGGCACUGCAGAAUGCUGUCACCACCUUCGUCAACCGCAUGAAGAGCAACCACAUGCGAGGGCGCAGCAUCACCAAUGACUCAGCGGUGCUCUCGCUCUUCCAGUCCAUCAACAGCAUGCACCCACAGCUACUGGAGCUGCUCAACCAGCUGGACGAGCGCAGGUUGCACUACGAGGGUCUGCAGGACAAGCUGGCACAGAUCCGUGAUGCCCGGGGGGCCCUGAGUGCCCUUCGUGAAGAGCACCGGGAGAAGCUCCGCCGGGCAGCUGAGGAGGCUGAGCGCCAGCGCCAGAUCCAACUGGCCCAGAAGCUCGAGAUCAUGCGGCAGAAGAAGCAGGAAUACCUGGAGGUGCAGAGGCAGCUGGCUAUCCAGCGCCUGCAGGAGCAGGAGAAGGAGCGGCAAAUGCGGCUGGAGCAGCAGAAGCAGACUGUGCAGAUGCGCGCCCAGAUGCCCGCCUUCCCCCUGCCCUACGCCCAGCUCCAGGCCGUGCCCACAGCCGGAGGCGUGCUCUAUCAGCCCUCAGGCCCAGCCAGCUUCCCCAGCACCUUCAGCCCCGCAGGCUCAGUGGAGGGCUCCCCCAUGCACAGUGUGUACAUGACCCAGCCGGCCCCCGCCACUGGCACGUACCCCAGCAUGCCUGGCACCACAGCAGAUCCCAGCAUGGUGAGCGCCUACAUGUACCAAGCAGGGGCUGCUGGGGCGCAGGCAGCUCCCCAGGCCCAGGCUGGGCCCACCGCCAGCCCUGCUUACUCAUCCUACCAGCCCACUCCCACACCGGGCUACCAGGUAUGUGGGCAAGGCUGCUCCUGCCUGCCGGGUGGCCCCAGCCCCCUUCUCACUGCACCCAUUCUCUCUGCAGAACGUGGUUUCCCAGGCCCCACAGAGCCUCCCAGCCAUCUCACAGCCCCCACAGUCUGGCACCAUGAGCUACCUGGGCAGCCAGUCAGUCUCCAUGGGCUACCAGCCCUACAACAUGCAGAAUCUCAUGACCACCCUCCCAAGCCAGGACACAGCCUUGCCGCCCCCACAACCCUACGUCCCAGGGCAGCAGCCUGUGUAUCAGCAGAUGGCCGCCCCUGGCGGUACCCCCCAGCAGCAGGCCCCCGUCGCCCAGCAACCGUCUGCGCAGGGGCCCGUGGCACCGGGCAGCGAGGCCCAGCUCAUCUCAUUCGACUGAGCCAGACGGGGAACUCACGUCCAGAGUAACACUAGGUCCACCCAAACCGCUUCUGUCUCUAACUAGGUGUCGUGUCCGCCUCUCUCUUUCCUACUCCCAUAGCCUCCCUUCUCCGCCGCACCGAGCCGCCUCUCUUCCUGUCCCCAGUCUGCAGCUUUCCCAGAACAUCUCUAAUUU